CUCUGGAGCAGCAGUCCUACAUUUGGGGUGAUGCUCUUCCAAGCCUCCUCUCACUUGGCCGAUGCUGAAUCCCAACUGGAAGAUGAGGAGACCCCCCAGACCCCUGUGCUGGUGGUGCGCGCCCAGAGGGACCCGGCCUUGCUGCGCGACCCAUGCGUCCUGCGCAACCUUCUGAGCCAGGAAGGCCGCUACGUGCCCCAGGCCUCCUACUUCCAUGGCCUUCAAGAUGAGAUCCAGCCCUGGAUGCGGGAGACGUUGGCCUUCUGGAUGCUGGAGGUCGGUGACACCUCUCCUCACUUG